CUAGCGCAAAGUUUAUUUCUUCUCAAGCAAGAAAGGUUCUUCUUCGUUCUACGCCUCUACUCAGACGUCAGGGCGGUUCUAGCUGCUGUUUCCUUCCCGAUUAAGACAAAGAAAAUAAAUAUGUCCUCUACGCAGAACGUGAGAACCAAGGUCGCUGAUGCGAUGUCCAUGAGCUCAGGUUCUUGUCGCCCAAAGUGCUGCAAUCGUGGGACUCCAUUCAGUUUCAGUGAUAUGCCUCAGCCUCUACCUAUCAAGUUCGCAUCCCUUCCUCCAGGGAUCACUAUCACCCGCAAGGAGUUUGAUAUUUUCAAGCUCACAGCGCAGUUUGUGGCUGUUUAUGGCAUGUAUUUUCGAAGGGCAUUGACGAAGAGAGUGUGUGAGAACCCUCUGUUUGAGUUUUUUAAGCCAACUGACAUCAAGCACCGUUGUUUCCUCAAGCUUGUUAUCGGGUAUUCAAAUGUGUUGGUGCCUUCCAAAAAGCUGAUGACUAACCAAAAGCAUAUCACGAAUUUUGAUGAUGCUACUGAGGAAGUUCUUGAUGGUUUCUUCAAGCUUCUUGAUCAAGUGCCUGAAAAGGAGAUGGACGGAGUGGAGAUGGCUAUGACUGAUUUGCGUGCCUUUGAGUAUUUUGCUAACGUGGAGAGGACCGUGUUGCCAGCACCACCAUCUGGACUCGUUCCAAAUCUGGUGAAACUGGAAACACUACUACAACUACAACAUGCAAAGAAUCAGAUUCGGGGGAUGAAGCCAACUGCAACACCUAAUCCAAUGCAAGGAAUGUCGUCUCCUCCUCCACCACUGUCUCUACCUGAGGAACCAGAGCCAAAGAAGCCUGAGUCAGCACUUGUUCCAGAAGACCAGUUCAUUGCUCAGCAUCCGGGCUCCUCUACAAUCAGGGUUUCUGUUCCAAGCAUCAGCGCUGGACUAGUCAUUGAGAUCACAGUGCAGUCGUUAUUGGAAAACGUGGCAAGUUUGAAGGAAAAAAUAGCUGGGGAGAUACACAUUCCAGUGAAGAAACAGGAGUUAAGUGGGAAAGCCGGGUUGUUAAAGGACAACAACAAGUCACUUGCACAUUACAACGUGGGAGCAGGAGAAAUCCUAACAUUGUCUCUGCGAGCAUUGAUGUAAUAGGAAAAUACUUUUCCAAUCUCUUAAACUCUUUAUUCUUUAAUACUAAUGUUUAAACUUGGUGGUCAAAAACCAUAUGUAGUGGCUUUUUAAGCUU